AUGCCUUUCACUGCCUCGGACAUCUGCAAGAUCAUCUUUGCGAUCAUUCUGCCUCCACUGGGUGUCUUCCUCGAACGAGGAUGCGGCGCUGACUUCCUGAUCAACAUCUGUUUGACAAUUUUGGGUUGGCUUCCUGGUGUCAUUCACGCCUUACCGCCCUUCGUCUUCCCUGCUACCGCCCGCUUCGGUUCAAAACCUGUCGACUAG